AUGACAUCCACGUCGCAGCUUUGUCAGUCAGAUAUAUUCAAGAAACGCUCCGAGCUCCUCAACCGUGAUGCUCGAGCGGUUCUCUCAUACGAGAGAGCUAGGGCCAUUGGCUUAGCACUCGGCAUCACUCUUCAUGAUACUCUGCAUUUGACGCAAAAUUUUUGGGCCAUACACACCGACCCGGUCAUGGUCCUAGAUGGGGCCGCGUCUACGCUGCUGACCAUCCAGUACAAUUUGGUCGCAGGAACGCUUGCAAAAUAUGCUGCGACUACUAGACCUGAUUUGGUCUCCCUCGUCGAAGACAUUCUUCGGUGGGAUGUCAUUGGUCAAUUCUGCCUUACCGAGCUGGGGAGAGGCCUAGACAUCUUCCGAAUGAGGACAUCAGCGACACUUCUUCCAACAGGCCAAUUUGACCUCCAUACGCCGUCGCCCUCGGAUGCCAAGUUCAUGCCGCCAACCAUUCCAGUGAAAGGUCUUCCAUGCGUCGCCGUUGUUUUCGCACAACUGUUGCUACCACCUAGAGGAGGCUCGUCCCCCGUCAACCAUACGCUCACAAGCUUCAAUCACGUCCGUUUGCCGCCCUCGGCCCUUCUCGGGGACCUCACCAAGUCCAACACAAUGCAUCGUGACUUCAUGUCGUCUAUAUGGCGUGUUGCGGUCGGGUCGCUAGCGCUCAGCUCACUUGCGAUACCUUAUCUCCAGGUGGGAUCGUUCGUCGCCGCGCGUUACUUUCAGCGUCGUCAUGUCACCAGUUUGCAAGGAAAUCCUUUACCCAUAAUUUCAUACCGAACACAACAGCUCCCUUUAUUACACGCCAUUGCUCAGGCGUUCGUUCUGAGAGCGCUUUACAAAUGGGCUAUCGAACAGUUUAUGGACAAGAAUCUUGAUGUUCGUGUGCGACAUGGCAUCGCGGCUUGCUGUAAAGCAGUCAUGGUUCAGCAUGCACAAGUUGCAAAUUAUGUCCUGUCUGAAAGACUGGGAGCUCAAGGCCUCUUCGAAUAUAAUCAGCUGUCCAACUUUUAUAGCGAGAUGAGGGGAGUUAGCAUCGCUGAAGGCGACAUUUUAGGACUUUCUAUGCGACUCGUGGCAGAUACCCUGGCGCAAACCUACAAGUUGCCUCCCUCGACACACCCAGAUGGCCCACUUGCGAUGCACGAAAUCUCGUUAUUCGAUGAGGCAACCGAGACCGUUUCCUCCUCAUCCGAUUUCACGCAAGCGUUCAUGCAAUAUGUGCAGCCACGCUGUCAGCUGAUGGUCGAAUCCAUGGGACACCGCAUGGCCUGUGAUGCCGCUGUCGACCAAGAAGUCUCGCAAUGUCUUGUCGAUCUGUAUAUCAUCAAUGCGAUCAAGACAGAUGCCGCGUGGUAUGUAGAACAUGGCGUAUUCACGCGGAAGGCCAUCGUGCAUAUGGAAGAUGCUGCUUUGUCAGCAGCUUUGCCUCGCCUGGAAGAGUGGCUCACUGCGAUGGAGGUUGAGCCAUACGUGUCGUCGCCUGUCAUAUCGGAUAAGCGCUGGGAGGAAUUUAGCAAGAUGUUGCCUGUCUAUCGCUCACCUCAGGCUCAGGUACUAGCGGCGCGACUUUAG